AUGACAUCCCCAAAACCCAAACCCAGCAUCCCUAUCGUGGACUUUUCCAACUGGAACACAAACGAGACAAGCCGCCAGCGAGUCGCGCAAGAGAUCGUCACCGCUUGCAAGGAGGUGGGGUUUGUGUACAUCACCAACCAUUCACUGCCAGAGACGAUAUUAGGCGAAGCAUUCCACUGGUCAGAGCGAUUUUUCAAGCUGGCACAGGAUGAAAAACUCAAGGCGCCUCAUCCACCAGGUUGGGCUGUACAUCGAGGAUACUCGUGGCCUGGACUGGAGAAGGUAUCACAGACCAUGAGUACCGGGGUUGAUGAAGAGGUGACUGAGCAGUUGAGGGAGAUACCGGAUAUUAAAGAAAGUUAUGAUAUAGGCAGCGAUGAAAACCAAUCCCAGCCAAAUCAAUGGCUACCCGAAGAAAGCCUCCCCGGAUUCCGAGACUUUAUGCUACGCUUCUACUGGGAAUGUUUUCGCGUUGGAGGCGAGAUCCUGCAAGUACUCGCCAUCGGCCUCGAUCUGGAUGAGAACCACCUAUUAGAGAAACACUCAGGCCACAACAACCAGCUCCGUCUACUACAUUACCCACCCAUCCCCGCUGAGACCAUCGAAUCAAACCGCGCAGCUCGAUGUCCCGCGCAUACGGACUGGAGCUCGAUCACCAUGUUAUUCCAAGAUGACUGUGGCGGCCUGGAAGUGGAGGAUAUCACCUCACCGGGAUCAUAUAUACCCGCAACACCUAUCAAGAACGCAAUUGUGAUGAAUGUGGGGGAUUUGCUGCAGAUGUGGAGUAAUGAUAUUCUUCGGUCUACGAACCAUCGGGUUACUUUGCCCCCUCUUGAGGAUAGGUUUGAGGGUCCUCGGCGUAUGACUCGGGGUCGGUUUUCCAUUCCGUACUUUAUGGCUCCGGAUCCUGAUUCGGUCAUUGAGUGUAUCCCGUCUUGUAUGAGGGAUGACUUGCCUGCGAAGUAUGAGCCUGUUACGCAGGCUGGGUAUAACCAGAUGCGGGCUUCUAUGCAGUAUUAG